GUAAAUUCUUGACACUCAUAUCAAGGUACAAGAGAAGUAAAUUCUUGUGAUAAUACGGCUAAAAUGGAUCUCGAAAUGACAAAAGGGCAGAAUGAGGCCAUCAGAGCAUCUCUGGCAGAACUCACUUCAACAGUCGAGAAGCACCUUUCCGCCUGCGAAGAGAAUGCGCUGAAUGGCAGUGCCUCCACAGCUGCAAGUAUGUCGAAGACUCAUGUGGAACUGAUGAGUGCUGCAAGGAAGAUGAAAAGUGAUGUUUAUGGACCAGUGAACAAUGUUGCUUCUCAUUAUGAAGAGUUCAUACACUCAGGAUGUUUGAGAGCAUUGUUGGAAGCAGGCGUCUUCGACAAGUUACCAUUGGAUGGAAAAGGGAUGUCUGCUUCGGAACUUGCUGGAAAGACAAAUAUGGAAGAGGCACUAUUAAUACGGAUGAUGCGAACCGUUGCCCCUCUCUAUUUCGAGGAACAUAGUCCAAGGGUGUACAAUCAAACGGCAAACUCUCCAAUCUUUCAGCUCGAGGAUAUGAGAUCAUCAUACAAACAAAUCUAUGAUGAGUACGCACCAUGUAGUUAUGCCCUAACUCCAUAUUUCAAAGAGAAUGGAUUUAAAGUACCAGACUCGAUCAACAACAAUCCAUAUACAUUCGCCCAUCGAACUAAUGGUCUCAGUAUGUGGGAUUUUCUCUCGCUCCACCCUGAAAGACUAAGAAUAUUCAAUUUGGGCAUGAAUCGAAUUUCAUCUCAAAUGGUCCCAUCCUAUGGUAUAUUUCCAUGGCUCUCUGAGUAUCGGAAAAUGGAAACAAGCGAGGAUGCAGUGCUACUGGUAGAUAUUGGGGGUGGUCAGGGUCAAGCAAUCGCCGCUAUCAGGGAUAUUAUUGAAGGUACUAAAGGCCGACUCAUUCUUCAAGACAGAGAAGAAGUGAUGUUAGAGAACCCGGAUCCCAUUCCUGGUGUCGAAAAGAUGACUUAUGACUUCUUCACACCUCAACCAGUCAAAAAUGCGCUGAUAUACCAUAUCCGUCGCUGCUUCCAUGACUGGCCAGACGCAGAUUGUGUUGCCAUUCUCUCCAACAUCGCUAAUGCCAUGACUUCUACUUCUCGGCUGCUUAUUGCUGAAAUGGUUUUGCAGGAUGAGCUAGAUGCUGAGGCGGCUUGGAUGGAUAUUACGAUGAUGUUUUUUGCAGGCAAAGAAAGAUCAGAAAACCAAUGGAGAAGAUUGAUUGGAGCUGCAGGAAUGAGGUUGGAGAGGAUACAUGGUUCCGAGGGAACAACUUUUAGUGUGUUAGAAGCGAGGCUAAAGUAGAAGUGUGAAAUGGAUCUUAUGUUGAAUGAAAAUGACGGGAUAAUUAUGAGAGAUGUGACUUCA